GACUCCUGGCUCCCGGUCUCGUCCCUCCCGGACGCCUGGGUUCCCCUGGGGGACCCCCAGAACCCCGUGUCCCCCCCCCCGGGGGACCCCGACACCCCCGCGCCCCCCCCCGGGGGGGGGGUCCCGGCGGGUCCUUUUCGCUGACGCUUUGGGGCUCCCCCUUACCCGCCUGCGGCAAUACCGGCCCUGGGACCCCCGGGGGCGGGGGGGAGGGAUCCCGGGGGGGGGGGAGCGGGGGUUUUGGGGGACCCCCCCCAGGGUGGGGAGGGGGGCGCGGGGGGGGGAGCAGCCCCCCGUGAGCUGGAUGAGGCCUGGGAAGGGCAGGCCACAGGAGGCAGAGGACACGCAGCCCCCACCCCCCGACCGUGGCGCGGAGCCCGACCCUUCCCCAACGCCCCCCGUGGAUGCGGAGCAGCCCCCGGCACAGGGCGCCGAGGAGGAGGCGGUGGCGCGGGAGCUGGAGCAGCUCUACCUCUCCCACCUCCGCCGGCUGCGGGGGGAGCCCGGCGACAACGGGGGCCCCCCCCCGAGAAACGGGGGUCCCCCUUUACCCGAACGAGCCCCCAACACCUCGUUAGCUAAUGAGAUGGCGCUGCGUUAUGAAGCGGGAGGGGGUCGCCGCAGCCCCCCGGUUUUAUUAGGGAGGGGGGGGCCGGUGGAGGGGGCCUUAGUGGUGCCGGCGAGGCCCCCCCGGGGGCGGGGGGGGGGGUUUGGGGGGGGCCCUGAGGGGGUGCGGGGUCGUGUUGGCCUUGGCCGUACUGGUACCGGUGGCUUGGGGGGAUGGGGGGGGGGCCCACGGCCGCCCUAGCCUUGGGGCUCUACCUGGCGCUGGCCUGGCUGACAUGAAGGGGGGGGGCCCCCUCCCCCCAAAUUUUCACCCCUGAAAGCAUGGGACACUGCCUAAAACGGUCAAGGGGGGGGGGGCUGAUUUGCAGCAUGGGACUAUCAAACUGCACCCCCAAAUUUGGGAAUUGGCUCCCCCCCACCUUGGGUGGGGGUGGUGGCCAUUUUGGGGGACCCCCUCCAGACUCGUGAGCCCCCCCCCCGGGUUUUGGGGUGCCCCUGUGUACAUACAGCCAUAGAAAGAUGGUC